GUAUAACCCUAAUUCUCUUUUCUAAGAUUUGCUGCUAUUAGAAAAGAGAGAGAGCUAGAGAAGGCAUUUUGUCUAGGGCAUCCGUGUUUCAACUUCUCUAUCAGAAUGGUUCUUCCAAACGAUGUCGAUUUGUUGAAUCCUCCAGUUGAAUUGGAGAAGAAGAAGCACAAGCUUAAACGCCUUGUCCAAUCCCCUAAUUCAUUCUUCAUGGAUGUUAAGUGCCAGGGAUGUUUCAAUAUAACGACAGUCUUUAGCCACUCUCAGACUGUGGUGGUUUGUGGAAACUGCCAGACUGUUUUGUGUCAACCUACGGGUGGUCGUGCCAGGCUGACUGAGGGAUGUUCUUUCAGGAGAAAGGGAGAUUAAGAAUUUCAGUAUUUUAUUUUGGAAAAGUUUUUUUAUUUUUAUGUUGUGUUAGUUAUUUGCUUCAAACUUCAAACCUUUUUGGUACCAUAGUUGGAAUUUUCUUGAUUUUAGGAUGGUUUUGUUAAUUAAUUGUCAAAGACAAGUAUGAAUCCUUAAUUUGAUGGUGGGUUUUGCAUUAUAUUAAAAGGGUUCUCUUCUUUUCUGUG